ACCUCUAACUUCAUCAAUUGUCAUGUCUCUGACAUUUUGUUUGAGUAAUUUAUGGGGACAUUUGACAGGCUGUAAGUGGCUCUAAUAAUCGUAAUUUACGAGAUUUUCUGACUUGAAAUAAUCAUGGAAGGGGAAGCUGAAGCACCUAUCACUGAAGAAGAGAGGAAAAUUGUCCAGGAAUUCAACUAUUUACACGAGAAAUCGAAGCAGCUGUUUAAUGGAUUGAGGGACUUGCCACAGUAUGGACACAAGCAGUGGCAAUCUUACUUUGCCAGAACCUUUGAUGUCUACACCAAAUUGUGGAAAUUUCAGCAGCAAAAUAGGCAAACUUUGGAUCUGAGAUAUGGCUUGAAAAGAUGGCAGAUUGGAGAGAUUGCAUCCAAGAUUGGUCAGCUGUAUUACCACUACUACCUGAGAACCAGUGAAACCAAUUAUCUCCAUGAGGCCUUCUCUUUCUACUCUGCUAUACGAGCAAGAGGGUACUUCUCAAAAGUUAACCGAGAGAAAAGUCCAGAAUUAAUGGUGAAGAAACUGCGAUACUACGCCAGGGUGAUUGUGGUGGGUCUGUUAUUACGCAAGAUGGACCUUGUCAAAGAUCUAGUGAAGGAAUUGAGUCGUAAUCUUGAGGAGUAUCGCUCCAACUACAAUGCAGAGGACCAGCCUGAGUGGGACUUGGUGCUAGGGGAAAUAGAGGCCUUCAUUGAUGCUGAUGAGAGCAUACGUGUAUUGGACGAGCAGGCCGUAUCACAGGUACAGACCCAUCGUCUGACAGAGAGCAUUGUUCCAUCCAAGGACCCAGCCAUCACUAGUGAACUGACCCUACAGGAGGCCAUCAUUGUAGGGAACUGUUCACACCAGGUGAAGUUCAGUGAGUUGACCCUUGACAUGUACAGGAUGUUACAGACUCUAGAGAGAGAACCGACACUGAGGGAGGAGAACUCUACCAAGGACCAAGGCCAGAUUAAAAGACAGAACCCUCACAAGUACCUCCUCUACAAGCCCUCCUUUGAUCAGUUCUACACCUUUAUGUCAGCUGGAAUUAAGGAAAUCCCAGCUAAUUCAGUGCUACUGGUAUACCUGGCAGCAAGUUCCUGCACCCCCGGGAAGCCCGACAGCGACGGGGCCUAUGACCUGGGAGGGGUAGCCACGAACCCUAAGAAGGAGAAUGGAGAGAACCAUGUUAAGAGAUCCACCCUCCUCAAAGAUAUUCAUUGCAUCCAUCCUGGAGACCUGUAUCCAUUCACAAGAAAGCCUCUCUUCAUCAUCGUUGACAGUCCGAACGCUCAUGCAUUUACUAACAUUCCUAACCUGUUUGGCCAGCCGACCAUCUGCCUCAUGUCCCCGAUCCAGCUGCCGGUCACCAUCCAGGACAACGCCCCUCACAAGGGCAACCUUUUCACCCACUUCCUCCACUCGCCCCUGGCCGCCUUCUGCUACGCCUGCGACAUCACCGACGUCCCCUGCCUCCUGUGGGCAAACUGCCAGGCCAUGGUCCAGAAGAUCAUCGAGGAGGGCCACAUCCAGGUCGUCAAGUCAAAGACAAUCGAUCAUGUAUAUAAGCAGUUCUUCAGUGAUGAGUUUCUGAGGUUACUGGUUACAAGAUUCAUAUUCUGCUAUGGAGCAUUGAGAUACCAUAGAGGAUUUAAGGAUGAUAGCUACUACCCUCGAAGCAACCCUAGCCUUCUGGGCCAUGACAUCCUGGAGAGCACACUCCUGCACAAGCAGAUCCUUGACCUUGCGUCCAUGCUCGAUGUGAGGGCGCUCUUUCUUGAAUUCGGAGAGAUCGAAUGAUAGGCCGCUGUUAUCCUAAUACCCCAGUUACACCAUCAAGACCAACUCCAGACCGGACAACAGAUUGAAUGACUAAAGUAAUUACAUUUCCCUGAGUGGCCAAGAGUCGAUCGGUUUGGAGUCAAUGUGGAGUCAGUUGGAGAGUCGGUUUUGGUGUGUGACUAAGGUAUGAGCAGUCAAUAGCAGAAGGGCAAUAUGGACCAGUGAUGUUAGUCGCUGUCUUGGACUUGUUGGUUCUUCAUGAUAGGUGAAAGGAACCAGAGGACAAUCAUCUAUGGUGUCUUUGAAAUGUUUAUGGAUGGAAUGGACACAAGGAUGAUUAUGUUUCUUUAUGAUAGGUGAAAGAAACGAAAGGACAAUUGUCUAGGGUGUCUUUGAAACGUUUAUUGAUGGAAUGGACACAAGGAUGAUCAUGUGGUCUUAGCUGCACAGUAUUAACCUUAUCAUUGCCAUAUGUAAAUGCACCAUGUGUUCAAACAAUUAUAUUUUGGUCUUGUGGUAUCAUAAUGGUUAAUGCUGAUUUAAAGUCCGUUGCUACAUUUGUACAUGUAAUGUUGUUGAUGCUACUAUCUUGGACAUGUCAUCUAGGCUUUCGGUUAGUGGUUCAUUGUAUGCUUGUUUGUGAUAUACGUAUCCUGAUAUCAUCAGGACAUUAAUUACACAAGUCACUCUUCUUUAUUGAAUAGGUCCACAGGGUGUUUUGGUAGACAUGAGUUAUGUUGGAAAUCCUAUAAAAGACAUCCAUGACUAUAAGACUUCUUGUAUGAAAACCCCACUGCAGAACUUGAAGCUACUAGUUCUCUCUAUAUAGAAAACAAUGCCUAAG